AUGACAAACCAAAAUCUCUCAACAACUGAAGCAAAAGCACACGACUUUCUCGACUUCUUGAAUGCUUCCCCUGGUCCCUACCAUGCAGUACACUCUGCCAUUCAACGACUUUCCAAAGCGGGCUUCACAGAGAUUAAAGAACGAGAUAACUGGUCGACCAGCCUACAACCCGGAGGAAAGUACUAUCUUACACGAAAUGCUUCUUCGAUCGUCGCUUUCGCCAUCGGCAAGAAAUGGAAGGCCGGUAACCCCAUUGCCAUGAUUGGUGCUCAUACAGAUUCCCCUACUUUACGUAUCAAGCCGGUAUCUAAGAAACAAGCAUCUGGAUUUAUACAAGUGGGUGUGGAGACAUAUGGGGGCGGCAUAUGGACUUCGUGGUUCGACCGAGAUUUGAGUAUAGCGGGCAGAGCUAUGGUCAAAGAUGGUCAGGGCAAUUUUGUACAAAAGCUUGUGAAGAUCGAUCGACCCAUUCUCCGUAUCCCCACUUUGGCGAUCCAUCUCAACCGUGCCACCAGCUUCGAGCCGAAUAAAGAGACCGAAUUGUUCCCUAUUGCCGGUCUUGUGGCGGCCGAGUUGAAUCGUACAGGAGCAAGUGAGAAUGGGCCGACUCCGACUGAAGAAAAGAAGGACUCGGAGGAGUUCCAACCCCUGCAAGCCAUGACCACUAGGCAUCAUCCAUACAUUGUGGAACUGAUUGCAAAGAAUGCCGGGGUUAGUAUUGAUGAUGUCGUUGAUUUUGAAAUGAUCUUAUAUGAUACACAAAAAGCUUGUCUGGGUGGGUUGAACAAUGAACUCAUCUAUUCGGGCAGACUGGACAAUUUGGGCAUGACCUAUUGUAGUGUUGAGGGACUUAUUGAAUCCGUGAAGGAUUCUGCGGCUUUAGAUGAUGAAACAUCAAUUAGACUCAUCACAUGUUUCGAUCACGAGGAAAUUGGCAGCACAUCCGCUCAAGGAGCUGCAUCAAAUCUCCUCCCCGCCGUCCUUCGACGUCUAUCCGUCAUCCCUGCUUCCACUACAGCCCCAGGCUCAUCCUCUUCAUACGACAUGGUACACCGGGAAUCCGAUAUCGAAAUUGCCACCGCCUACGAACAAACCCUCGCAUCCUCCUUCCUCAUCUCGGCCGACAUGGCCCACUCCAUCCAUCCAAACUACGCCCAAAAAUACGAACAAGAUCAUCGUCCUGAAAUGAACAAGGGCACCGUUAUUAAGAUCAACGCAAAUCAACGCUACGCCACUAAUUCCCCAGGUAUAGUCCUCCUACAAGAAGUCGCGCGUAAAGCCAAACCAAGCGCAGAUGACAAGGAUGGAAAAAAUGGGGUUCCACUUCAAUUGUUCGUGGUGAGAAAUGAUAGUAGUUGUGGUAGUACCAUAGGACCAAUGUUGAGUGCGGCGUUGGGAACGAGGACGUUGGAUCUAGGUAAUCCGAUGUUGAGUAUGCAUAGUAUUAGGGAGUGUGGGGGUGCGUGGGAUGUGGAGUUUGGGGUGAGAUUGUUUGAGAGUUUCUUUGAGAAUUACUCGGGUUUGGAGGGGAGGAUUUUGGUGGAUUAG